CACACUUCCGGGUUUUGUGUUUCCGGCGUUCGCCAACGCAGGGUAAAGUUACUUCCGGUAACAAUGGCGGAGUCGAGGAGUAAGUGUUGCUGUAGCGUCCCUCAGUGCACUAAUUCUAAACAAAAACAACCAUAUUUGAGUUUUCACGUGUUUCCUUUAAACGAAGACCACAAAAAGAAAUGGAUCGUUGCUAUUAGACGAGAGGAAGGGUGUACUUUCGUAAUUCGGAGAGGUAGCACAUAUGUCUGUAGUCAGCAUUUUACUGCUGCCGAUUACGUUCCAGGAAGUUCGCGGCUGAAAGUUGGUUCCAUUCCCAGUCGUUUUCCGUGGAACAAUUUCCAUGUACCCCCUCAAAGGCUGUCAGCUUUUGAGAGAACUGCCUUGCGACUUGGAGUGGACGUUCGUGUUCAGGAGCAGCAGGUGGUAGAAACUGCACCUAAUGAAUCCAUUCAAGUUGAGGAACAUGAUUACGCGGCACAACCACCUCCAGGUGCAUUAGAUGAGGCUCUGCAGUACAUCGAAGAGCUGGAGGCAAGGUUGCAGAAAAUGUCACUAGGAAAACAAACAGUACUGAACAGAUUUUGUGUUUCUGAUCAAACUCUCAGAUACUACACAAAGUUUCCGUCACAGGAAGUUUUCCAGGUGUUCUGGGAGUCUAUAUGUCCAUCUGCUAGCAAUCUGGUGUACUGGACCAAGGCACAGAGGAUGGGUCAGGAAGCAUCCCCAAGCCCUAGCCCUGCACGGAAAAUCCAGCUCAUAGAUGAACUGUUCAUGUACUGCUGUCGGGUAGCUGCUGGACUGAGGGAACAAGUUAUUGCAGACAUUUUUGGAGUUAGUGUGGCUACGGUGAGUAGGACCAUUGUCACCUGGGCUAAUUACCUGUUCUUUGUGUUGGGUUCAGUACCCAUUUGGAUGUCAAAGCAACAAAUAUGCUCCUCCAUGCCAGAGAAUUACCGUUUGUUCAGUCCACACCUGCGAGUCAUCCUGGACUGCACAGAAAUCCGCUGUGAAAGCCCUACAUCGCUGACACUCCACUCUGAGAUCUUCUCCAGUUACAAGAGCACUACCACAUUCAAAGGUCUGGUUGGGGUAGCUCCGUGUGGUGCAGUGACUUUUAUCUCUCAGCUUUAUACAGGUACAAUCUCUGACAAAGAAAUCACAAAGAAAUCUGGGAUUUUUGACCUGCUUGAGCCUGGAGAUGUGGUCAUGGCAGACAAGGGUUUCACGAUUGAAGACAUGCUCUCCAGUGUUGGUGCUAGACUGAUAAUUCCUCCUUUCAAAUGUGCCAAGCAGUUCAGCAAACAGGAGUGUGAAAAAACACAGGCCAUUGCAUGCCUCAGAAUUCUGGUGGAAAGGGUCAAGGAAAACCACAUCUGGGAUUCUGUUGUGCCACUGACAUUGUCAGGAAGUGUUAAUCAGAUCUGGCAUAAUUGCUGUUUUAUGGUUAAUUAUCAGGGACCAAUGUUUCUUAAAGAGUGAUUGUGUAUUAGCAUGUUAGAUUUUAUUAGAAUGACCGAUUAUUAUAAUAGUAAUGUUAACUUGUGACAGUUUUUUAAUUUUUUAAAAAAAGUUUUUU